AAAAAGAGCCGGGAAUCUCGAGCCAGCCUCCGAGCGCGAUGGCUGCGCCCGACGUUCGCGCUGCGUCAGCACGCAUUGUCCUGCUCGUCGCCGCCUUUGUCCUGGCCGGCGGCGUCUCGGUCGCUCCCCAUCCGUCGCACUCCGCUUCGCCGUCGGAGGACGCACCACCCGCCGAGGCGUCCCGACUGGCUGCGACGUCGGCCGGUGACGCCGCAGGCGGGGAAGGAGGCGUCGACUGGCGCGAAUACGCCGACGCCCUCCGAGGAGUUCUCUGUCCACUGGACGCCAAUUUCCUGUCCUGCGUCGAGCGUCGGGUGGUGUGUGAGCUGAAGAGCACCGUUCGAAAACUCAGUAACUUCAGUGACGCUCAUCCCUGGUUGAAAUAUGUCGAAGAGAACAUUUCUGACAAAAAUACCUCGGAUGGUGACGGUUGUGAUCCCGAAUCACAAGAACAGGGUGCACUCACGUCUGCCAGGGGCACGAGCGAGUCUGUCGUAAAUAAAAACGACACUGGAAUCCCGAGUGAUACAGCUGCAAGCUCCCAGGAUGUCCCGCACAACUCGUCAGAAGGUUAUACCACAGAGACAAUACCAAGAACAAUGAAGAUGAGUAUGAUGAUGCCAAUGAUGUUGCUAGGUCCAAUGAUGAUGCUUGGCUUCCUACCAUUUCAACUGGCUAAUUUGAAAGGCAUGGUGAUGAUGGCCAUGAUGCUUAGCAACAUGGCACUUAUGUCAGCCAUCAUGACGACAAUAAGAAAUGUGGUUUUUGGAAGGCGCCCUGGACCGCAUGUGGUUUACAAAAAUUAUGGGUAUGCAAAUGAACAGAAACAGAAGUGGAUUCCCCAUCAACCAACAGUGUUCCAUCAUGGAUAACAUGAGAACUUUAUAGGCAAUCACUACAUCAGAUAUACUGUUUGAAGUUUACUUGUGUUUUUUUUUUUUACUAUUUUAAUGACUUGCAA